UGUCACUCUCCAAACAGAUCUCAUCUUCCACAGACACACUCUGCUCUUUUUGUUCCCCUCAAUCACCAUAUUAUGCUAAUUAUAUAUGCAUUAUUAGCAUUUCUCUAAUGGAUCCUCAUUCUACUAUAAUGAGUGCCUUUCAAACUGCGCCUAAUUUGGCGGAGAUCUGGCCCUAUCAGCAUCUUCUCGACCACACAACAAAUCACGCCGCCAGAAAGCGACGCGACGAUGAUGAAUCUGCCAUUGGAGUUUCAACUAGUGCAAAUGCUUUGACUGAAUCUGAUAGUAAGCGGCUGAAGGCCACGAGAUCAAACGAGAAUGGGGAAUAUUCAGGAGGAGGGAAUUCAGGAAAAUCUUCAGACCAACCUGCAAAGCCACCAGCUGAACCACCUAAGGACUACAUCCAUGUGCGAGCGAGGAGAGGUCAAGCUACCGAUAGUCAUAGCCUAGCAGAAAGAGCCAGAAGAGAAAAGAUUAGUGACAGGAUGAAAAUCCUACAAGACUUGGUCCCUGGUUGUAACAAGGUUAUUGGAAAAGCUCUUGUCCUUGAUGAGAUAAUCAAUUAUGUCCAAUCAUUACAACGCCAGGUUGAGUUCCUAUCAAUGAAGCUUGAAGCAGUUAAUACAAGAGUAACCCCAACCAUCGAAGGAAUUCCUACUAAAGACUUUGGGCAGCAAACAUUCGAGACAAACGCUAUGGCAUUUGGUUCACAAGGUACAAGGGAAUAUGCUGGGGGAACAUCACCAGACUGGUUGCACAUGCAGAUAGGUGGUGGAUUUGAAAGAACGACAUAAAGUAAAUAAUUGGAGGCAUCAAAGGCUAAUAAAUUCUUAGGAGGCUAAUGCUUCCCCCAGGACCUGCCAAAAUAUAUAACAGUUCCUUGAUUUAUAGGUAGAUAAUAGCUUGUUUCUGAUCAGGAACAGAGUUAUUGUAUGUCAUUAGGACACCGCGAACCAAAUCACCAUCUCCUUGUGUAAUGAACACAAAAACUUUCCUCCUUUAAUUUAACAGAACAUUU